CCCAACAAUCUCUUUCGCUCUGGCUUUUCUUCCACUCCUGCUCCCGGUUGAAAUUUUCUCAGCUUUUGAGGUGAAGCGGGAGUGAGUAUUGACCGCAAGACGCAUGGAGUGAACUAGGGUUCCGACCUGGAAACCUCCUGCGAAAUGAACAAUACGCAGCUUCGAGAUCAGAGUGAGCGUCCUCACCCUAUAGCCCUCGCUACUCUUAUUGGCCGGGAGCUCAGGGGACACAACACGGAGAAGCCGCUUGUCUGCCACGGCCACGCUGGGCUUGCUAAGCGCGGCGAGGACUACUUUCUCAUCAAGCCCGACUGCCAACGGAUCCCCGGAAACCCGUCCACUUCAUUCUCUGUAUUCGCGAUUUUCGAUGGGCAUAAUGGGGUAUCGGCGGCGGUUUUCACGAAGGAGCAUCUGCUGGACCACGUAAUGGCUGCUAUUCCGCCUGGUAUUGGGAGGGAGGAAUGGCUCCAUGCCCUUCCUCGGGCACUGGUCGCAGGUUUUGUGAAGACUGAUAUCGAAUUCCAAAGGAAAGGGGAGGCGUCUGGGACUACGGCUACUCUUGUAGUGAUUGAUGGAUUAACCGUGACCGUUGCUUCUGUGGGUGAUUCCCGGUGUAUAUUGGAUUCCAAGGAUGGGGCAAUUUCUUUGCUGACUGUUGAUCAUAGGCUGGAGGAGAAUGAAGAGGAGAGAGAACGAGUAACAGCCAGUGGGGGUGAAGUGGGGAGGCUCAAUCUUUGCGGUGGUCAGGAGGUUGGUCCUCUCCGAUGCUGGCCCGGUGGGUUGUGCCUUUCAAGGUCAAUUGGCGAUAUGGAUGUUGGGGAAUUCAUAGUCCCAAUUCCUCAUGUCAAGCAAGUUAAACUUCCAGAUUCCGGAGCUCGACUUAUUUUAGCUUCAGAUGGCAUAUGGGAUGCACUUUCAUCUGAGAUUGCUGCCAAGUGUUGUCGAGGAUUGUCUACUGAGCUUGCUGCCAAACUAGUUGUUAAGGAAGCAUUGAGAACGAGUGGCCUUAAGGAUGAUACAACUUGCUUGGUUGUUGAUAUCAUUCCAUUGGAUCAUUCCACUUUACCAGCAUCUCCUAGGAAGCACCGGAAUAAGUUUAAAUCUUUACUUUUUGGCAUGCCUCAAAAUUCUCUCAGUAAGCUCACAAAUAAAUCUUCAACUGUUGGUGCUAUUGAAGAACUAUUUGAAGAAGGCUCUGCAGUGCUUGAAGAAAGGUUGGGCAGCAAUGUCCUGCCAAUGGCCAAUUCAUUGCCUUAUAGAUGUGCAAUCUGCCAAACCGAUCAGACGUCGAACCCUUUAGGCCCAUUCCUGUUGCCAUUAUCUAAAACCUGCGAGGGCCCCUAUUUGUGUGCCGAUUGCAGGCGAAAGAAGGAUGCAAUGGAGGGCAAGAGGCCCGUGCGAGCCACUGUGUCAAGGUAGGAAAAGAGAAAUAAAGAAAAAAAGAAACUUAGUUUCCAAAUAUUCAAGCUGGAGGAGAUGUGCAUCCCUGCGUGUUGAAAAGUUGAUGGUGAGAAGGCAGAUUAACUAAUUAUUAUUUAUGCAUUGAUUUUGUUGUGUUUGUCUUAUUAUUGUUUUAUGAACUAACCAAACAUAGCAGAAACUGUGAUGGUUUGAUGAAUUACUAAUCA